UCACACUGUCAGUGGAGGCGACACAUCACAAUGGCAUCCUGUUGCAACACGCAGUGUUUUCUAAACGGAAAGUUUCCCCUCCAGCUGCUGAUUGUUUUGACUAUGACAACGCACUUGGCUGACACAGAAACUGCUGCUCCUGUUGAGCUCAGAGGGGAGGUUGGUGGGAAUGUGACCAUUCGGUGCCCUGUUGACCGAGAAAGGCCAUUAAUAUUUUUGUACUUUCAGCGGGGAAAUAUAUUUGUGAAUGGCUACCAUGCAUCAAGACCACUAACAAACACAUGGGAGAACACCAGAGUGGAUCACGACAUGACCAUGCUCAUGCAAGAUUUAAAUGUCUCUCACAGUGGCAACUAUCAGUGUCAUAUCCUCUACCAUGGUGGUGGGAUUAAUGAAAACCAUACACUCAUCCAUCUGAGUGUCACAGCAAACUACAGCAAACCCACACUAACGGUGAACUGUGGCAGUGAAAACCAUCGCUUCAGUUGCUGGGCGACGUGUGCCUCACAUGGCGGUUACCCAGGCACCAAGGUGACAUGGACCAUACCAGAAAGUCAGACAUGGAGGGAAGUGAACAACACUGCAAUGCCAGAUCCACACACUAUGCUGGUUAACAGCUCCAGCACCGCGUUCUUCAACUGCUCCAACGUCAAGCUGACAUCCCUCAGCUGCUCUGUGGGCGGCGUCACCUCCGAGAUGUUACCAGUCUGUACACCCAAAAAAACACCGGAAACGUUUAGUCCUCAUGUGAUAACAGCAGCCGUCUGUGCAGUGGUGGUGGCCAUUAUCAUUGCACUGGUGCUCUGGUUCAAAUGCAAGAAAGGACAGAGAAGAGCAGCAGCAGCAGCAGUAGUAGCAGCAGCAGAUGUGCAGCGAGGAAAUGAACGUCAGGAGGAAUUAACAGUGCUCAAUGAAACUUAAGAAGAGGGGAAAGACGCAUCUUGAGUGCUGAAUUGGCGAAGAGGGGUGUCAAAGUUCUAGGAUCUAGAACUAAAAUUGUAUGUCACUCAAGUGUAUGUUACAUUAGUGACUGACUGGCUGCAUAAAGGCAUGAACGGCCAGUGUCCAUAAUGGUCAGUGACUCACUGGGGGCCGCAUGCCGUCAACAUUUCACUGACAUUUGUGACUUUUAAGUGUUUGAGGAAGUAUUCCUUAUAAAGUAUCCUUUUAAAGGUGAUGUACAGUGCGUCAUCCAACUGAGAAUGGCUUACUUCUCAAAAAAGAGGACUUUUCCAGUGGUUUAUGGUGAGAUUGUGGUUGUAUACUGGAAAACAGUGUCGGGGGAGCGGAGGUGGGGGUGAAUGUACUUCCCAGCAUCAGUGAAAUCAAAAGCACAAGAAAUGUAGAAAUGUAUGAAAUAUCUGUUUAAUCUUUAUGUGACCUCUACUGGAUGGAGCAGGAUAUGUUACAUGCUACAAGUGUUAAUUUUUGACUGUGACUCAUCUUUUUUAAAUACAGUAAAUUAUUGUUGUUGCACUUUAAAGUCACCCGGAGCCUUUUUCUUAAGGGAAUACCUCACCCCCAAAAUGAUCGCUUGUAUAUCAAUUACUCACUCUGUGAUCAUUCAUUGUAAAACUCAGUGAAUCCAAAAAGGAGAAAAUGGAGUCUGGGGCAGCCGAUUUCAAUGGAAGGCAUGAGCAGAGUUCAAACGCACGUGCUUGCCAAGGCACGUUACUUCCAUGCGGAACUGUUUAAACGCAUGUACGGAGUCAACCGGAUGCCCAUUCAUUCCUGUGGGUAUCUCCGUGAUAUCCGAUGUGCCUGCGAAACCCCUCCCCUCUGUAAUAUUGCGGCCCACAACUUGCUUCGAGUAUGUUAAAAAAAAAACUUCUGAGGUGGAUUUUGGAGGGACUGUAUGACAGUGUGCUAGCUUAGCUAAAAGGCAGUUAACUAGCUAACAGGCUAUUUUCUUCAAUUCAGUUUCCUGUGUUGAUUGUCAAGUGAGUUUGUAUGAUUAAAAAGAACUUGUUUAUCUAGUUUUAACACAUUACUCAUUAUCACUCGUUCAGCCGUUCAUACGUUGUUUUGAUUUUUUUUUAAUUAAAUAUUUCAUGAAACGUGCUAUGUACGUGGUAGGUCCUGUUUCUGUCCCAGUAAUGUUCCAAGGACAUAUUCCAAAUUAGAUGGCAAAAAACUGACAAAAUUAGCCUCUCCCCUACAGAUACAGGUAGUUUCUAUCAGGUUUCUAUCCAUCCGUAAAGUAAUGCACUUACUUGCGUUGGACACUAGAGGCGUCAUCCGUAUAUUUACACAGCUACUACACAUGGAAUCAAUAAAGGUGUAUCUUAUCUUAUCUUAUCUACGGAGCCCGGUCACAUACUUAAGUGGAAAUGAGGUGUAAAUCGGAAUGUUUAUAAUGAAAAUGCAUGUGUUGCAUACGACUGGAUUAAUGAGACUCAGAUUAUACUGCAUGAGUUGUGUGAGAAUUUGUAAACAGAUGUUUUGAUAUAGUUUUAAAGCCAGCUCCUGUUUACUUCAAAUCAUCAAGAGUAUUGUCCGUUUUUGGAUUCUUCGUUCACCAUGUAACGUAAAUGUAACGUUACACAAAGUAAGUGACUGAUAUUUGAAUGGUCAUUAUGGUGGUGAAGUAGUUCUUCAAAUAUAGCCCUUUAGUGUUCGGAUUUUUUAUUUUUUUUUAAUUUAAUAUAUGCAAUAGAACAGUCAAUAUUAGUCAUGUCACAUUAGAAUCUGAUUAUUUUUGUUUUGAGGGUGAUCAAAAAGGAGUGUUGUCUAUCAGAAAUCAGUAAAAAAAAAAAAAAAAAAAAAAGCUGUGAAAAAUAUGUGUCAAUGCAGAAAAGAUAGUCAGAACACAUGAAUUUGUGCUCUACAGUUUAUUAUGCAAGUUUUCUGCAAUUGAUUCCGGUAUUCCAGGAUUCCCCUGUAAGGUGCAAUAUUAAAUACAAAGGGAAGGGGGGGUUCUUUAUUAGUUAAAUUGUUAUUACCCUCAUGAUUAAUAUUGUAGCCCUUAAACAACUCUGACAUUUUUUUUCCUCAGGUGACUGUUCUCAUGUAAAAUAUUGCUAUUUAUUAUUUUAUAUUAUUUGCCGUGUUUACACUGUUUGGGGUAAUUUUGGCUGUUAAUCCUACUUCCUCGGAAUUACCAAACCUUCUCAAAGGGCUGCUUUCAUUUCCUAAAUCUGUUAGGAACACUCCUUAUGAAUAGCUAUUUUGAAUUUGUCUUGUUUGUGUGGCAUUUACAUGACCUCUCAAUCCUGCUCUGUCACUCGUUUUCAUUCUUUGGUACUAAAAUGUUCAACCAAUUAAA